ACAAAGGUUUUACAAGCGUUGAAACCUUCUAAGAGGAUUUUGAGAAUUCGCGAAAACAUUGGAAAUGAUAGCUACUGUUAAAGUUCGUUAGUUUUCCUUCUAUCAAUAUGCACAUUGCCGAGAGGUUGAUCAUAGAAUCGAGGAGAUUUAAACGACCGGAUUAUUGUGUGGUGCCAUAAUGUCGGAUCACUGGGAGGAAGUUGGCUGGGACAAGGAGGCUUUGACCCAUGCGAAUGUUACACUUAAAUGGUACUUGGAUGGACAGGUGGCGAUGCUAGAGCAAACUCCCGGUCACAGAAAUCAUCAUCCUAGCAGACGAGCUACCUUCCUCGUGCCAAUGUACGGCGGUAUUUGGAUCAUGUGCGUCUCCCUCACUGAGGAGGAAAUACGACUACUGGGUCAGGUAGGUUUUCCGCAAGGGAGGUGCAUUAACUACUUGACGCCUGACGAAGUACACGAGGAGAUCCGCGCCGCCUGGCAGAAUCGGAUGCAGAACUUGAGUAUCUCCUGUUCUCUAGUCUGUCUGAUUAUCUUGGGCACAGCAGUUCUCAUUGGAUUUUUUGGACUCUGCAGACAUCAAAUAUCGGCCGUCCUCGUUACCGGUGUGAUGUAUCUUUUAGCAGCCACGUUCGCGUUGUUCACCCUGACGAUAAUUCACUUCAAGAGAGCUCAGGAUCGGGGAACUAGAUUACCCGACGGCCCUGAGGAUGGUGUAAUUGGUGGACCGGUUCCCCGUAAUGUUCUCAAGGCCAGACGAUUCACCAGCUCCUGGAGCAUGGACUUUGGAUGGGGUGGCGUUACACUUUGUGCCCUUGCCUCGGUUGCAUGGAUCUUGCUCAGCAAAAUAAUGCGUUUCAGCCCCAUUGCUGCUAUGAUAGCGUAGCAGUGGGAAGCCUUCGAGGUCUAAGGUCGUUUCCAAAAGUUACAAUAUAGCGUUUCGAUGUCGUCGCCUCUUUAAGCGUGUUCCAAACCAAAGGUGAUUGCAUUCAUCCAUGAUGGGAAGUGGGUCACAGGAGUUGAUUGUGUAGUUUCUGAUUUAUUCUGACUAGAAAGUGAGUCAGCUUGAUGGGCAGCUCAAUACCAUGAACUAUUUUGUGAGCUAUGGAAUUUUCAUUGUGCGGAGCAAUCAAUUUGUGUCAAGUUGUUAUUCGCAGUCUGUAAAGUAAGAAGGCUUUAGCAUAUAGGUGGAAGUUUGACAUUUGGGAGUAAUGGAAACAGGGUACACGACAUUGAGGCAAUUUUGAGAGUAUUUUUUCAGAAACGAUAUCAGAGUCGAAAAUGACCACCUCGAAGGCAGUUUGUUUUAUCAACAGGUAAUGCGUGUUGCAUAGUGUUUGUCAAAUUUAUGGGACUAACUUGGACCGGUCUAAAGCAUGGCAAGGUAUAGAAGGAGCCUAAUUUUUGGCAAACCUUCUAAAUGCAACAUUUUGUACAAUUUAUCUAACAAUCUCUAGUCUUUGACAAAGAAAAUAUACAUGAAUGAGUGAAGAACUAUAUGUUCAAGAGGGAUGUACAGGCUUUAAAGUAAUACCUCUUGUAUCUUUGAGUUUCCAAAUCUUUAAAGUUUUGCACAAAUUUAUUGCCCUAUCGAGAUAAUUCAAAGAUCCCCUUUUCAUAUAGAUCUUUACUAUAAAGUAAAAUAUUUGCAGGUACAUGAGUAAUGAGAUAAUAUGUGUGGGAGGAGAGUACGGUGUCUGAACUGAAGAAGUAUUAUUCAUUGAUAAGUAGAACAGAGUACACGUUUACCUCAGUUUUGAUUUGCAGUCGGAUUAGUCAAUUACUGUACGAGUAAAGGAAAACCUUACUGUUUCUAGUCUGUCUUUUUAGACAUAUUUUUAAUAUACUUCUAAUAUGGUCUUCUUUUUGUACAGUUACAAUUAAUAUGAUUAAAUUUAUGCGAGAGUUGAUUUGAAGUAAGAAUAUUUUUGUGUGUUGUAGAAGCUGAGACAAUAUUUGUUGAUCUUUGCUUAAAUAUUUCAAUACAGAUUGUAAUGUAAUAUAGAUGCCUAUAGCAUAAUUCGAUCGCCUUAUAAUUAGAAAGAUAAGCAUGUUUGUAAUAUGCAUAGCAUAGCAGUAAACUUGUUCGAGCCAAUACAAGCAACGAUAUGCGUGUUUGCAAGAAUUUAGCUUUUGCUACGACUUGUUAUAGCAAACAAAAGAGGAAUUAUGCCAACAAAAUGUAUCAUAUACAGAGGAUUGUGAAUUGCAAUUCGUCCAUUAAGAUUUAAGAAACAAAAUAAGGAUGCUUUAAAUGAAAGCAUCUCCUACAUACCCGGAGACUAAGUUUUGCUAGUUCAAUGAUAAAAUGAUUUAAAAAGGAAAAAAAGACGAAUAUAUACGCUUGCAAAACUAUUCUCCGAGUGUUUAUUUAAACGAAACGCAUUUUUCUGAUAAUAUUUUCUUGAUUGUAAUAUUUUUUACCUGAUCCUUGUUAUUUGUUACAUUGGAAUUAAUGUAUCAUACAUGCAAUAAAAGAAUAAGCUAUGUAUAAAUAAA